UCCAAGCUUCGACUGCUUCGACUUUCACGUCCGUGCACGCUCAAUCGCUGAUGUCCGCGUCCGCAAAUGGCUGGAGCUAACUUGUACCGCGAAUACAUGAAAAUCUGCACCGUCUGGCGCGCUGAUCCCGUGCGGAGCGGCAAAUGCCUGGGCGAGUACGUGCGGCGUAGAGUGGCCGAAGAGUUCCGCCAGAGCGAGCAGACCGUGGUGCCGGACGCCGAACUGUGCUCCCGUCGACUCGAAAGCCUGCGUGCCCUCGCCUCAGAUCGGUACGCCAAGCAGUACCCGAGGGUCUCCGUCUCGUCAGCCCUGGGGCUCACGAGGGCCGAGUGCGCCAAGGUGAUCGUCGAAAACCUGCACACCGCCGAGGGAGCCGAGCAGGAGAAGUCGCUGCUCGGAAAGCUCAAAGAGCGGCUCUCUUUCAAGACCGACAUACGGGAAUCGACGCCUGCCGAAAGCAAGAAGUGA